GAGCUCAUGGUAGAUCAGCAGAAACUAUUAUAUAUUUUCCUUCCAAGAUCAAAUAUGGAUGUAGUGUAAACGAUGUAAAUAAUCUGCAGUGGUUAAGAUAGACGUAGAAUCUCGCAAUGCCGCAGUACCGUUUAUUUUCAUGGGGUGCAAAUUCCCAUGGGCAGCUUGGCCAGGGUGACAUUAAAGAAGAAGAAUUGCUCGUACCUCGUGAAGUGGAUCUCUCAUCUACAGGUCUCCAGCCGAAAAAUAUUGUAAAAAUUGUCGGCGGGGCCGGUCACAGUCUUCUCCUCGACAACGCUGGACGAGUAUUCAGUUGCGGUUGGAACAAUAAAGGUCAAGCUGGAGUGACAAACGCGAGCUCGCACUUUCAACGAAUGGCGGUUGUUCCCGAGGGAGAGGAGAUCGUCGAUAUUGCCUGCGGUUGGGAUUCUUCGAUGGCGCUUACGAAAUCUGGAGAGCUGUUCACCUGGGGAUCCAACUCCCACGGGCAGUUGGGCUUGACUCAUGCGGCUAUAGGUGCAAAAGUAAAUAAACUAUCGAAGGUGGAAUUCGCUAAGCCAGUACAAAGAAUAUCCAUGGGAUUGAGGCACUCAGCAGUAAUCACCAAAGAUGCGCGAGUUUUCGUGUGCGGGGCUGCUACAAAAGGACAGCUAGGAAUUGAUUUUCGCGGCGGCAGAUAUUCCGGACAAUUCGUGGAGGUUUCGCAGAUACAAAGCGCCAGAUAUGUAGCUUGUGGUCAACAUCAUACUGUCGUCGUUACGAGCGACAAUGAGAUUUUCGCAUGGGGCGACAAUAAGUACGGUCAAUUAGGCGUAGAUCCUGCGAUACGAGCAUUAUCCUUGACGCCGGUGAAAAUAAACAACUACGAAGGAACGAUGAGUAUACGUGGAAUAUUCUGUGGCUGGACGCACUCGGCGGUUUUGACAGCCGACAACAAAGUUUUUUGCUGGGGCAGAAACUCGUACGGCCAAUUAGGUCGAGGUCAAUCUGUUCAAGCUGUCGAGACGUGGGAAGCGACUGUUCCAGUAACUUCCACAAGCAUCCAGCAACUGGCCGUCGGGUCGGAACAUAAUGUCGCUCUUCUCGACGAUAAAACCGUCGUGUCUUGGGGAUGGAACGAACACGGGAAUUGUGGAAACGGAAGUGUCGAGAAUGUAUUUGUGCCUACGAAAAUUGUGUCACUUGAAUUAAAAAGUGUCUUGAUAGGAACUGGUGCUGGACACUCGUUCGCCGUUGCUCUAACUAGUUCUUAAAGAAAAUCUAAUUU